UAUGAACUGAAAAAUGAGCUUGCUCGCAAAGAACAGCUCUUACAGAAGUACAAUGAGAAGAUUUCUUAUUGGCAAAGCUUGGUGGCGGAGGUUUCGGCCUCUCCCAGGCUAUCUCAUCAUCCCGUACCUCCACCGACGCAACAGAUGCAAGGAAUUUCCCAGCCUGUACCACCCCAGCACCAAGGAGCAUCUCCUGUAACACAUCCUCAUCAGAUGACCAGUCACCAACUUCCAUUACAACAUCCUCCUCCUAACAUACAUCCUGGUAUGGUUCAGCAACAGGGAAUGGUAACUCAUCCCUCACAAAUGCCACAAGGUGGCCAAUUUGGAGAUCCACAACAGCAUCAAGGUGGCCUUCAGGGGCCACUUGCCUACCUUGAAAGAACUACAUCUAAUAUUGGUAUGCCGAUAACAAUAAUAAGAUACAGAAGUUACUCUUUCUUCAAAAGAAACUUCUUCUUUCAGCACAGAAGCCAGAACAGUUUGUUAUUGAGGUGACUGAAUACCUUUUCUUUAUUGAUAACAAUAAUAAGAUACAGAAGUUACUCUUUCUUCAAAAGAGACUUCUUCUUCUUUCAA